AUGAGCAAACGAACGGGUCUAAUUGUGCCGCCGACGGUCGAAAUUUCGACGGCCAUCGACACGGCGACGCCCUCCUCUUCUUCCUCGGCUUCCAACGACAACGAGGUACGUUUUCAAGAGAAUAUAUCGACAAUUUAUCGAUAUAUCCGAAUAAAAAUCCUUACAGUAAUCCGCAUACAUUGUGAUAUUUUCUCGAAUCCCUUUUUUUUCCCCCAUUGACUCAUUUUAUAAUCCAUCUAAUCUGUGGCUGAUGUCACGCAUCCUUCCUUUCGAGAUUAACCACAAAUUCGAGUCGUCAUGAUGAUUUCUCCAAGUUUCUAGGGACCUUUUCCAGAGAGGUUUUCCCAGAAAACGGUCCUCUAACGGAGUGAAUCAGAGCACGAAAAAUCUUUUGAUAACUGACGAAUGUGCUCUUGCUCCGAAACCUUUGAUAACCUCUGCUCGCUCAACUGAUAAGCACCCUGCUCUCUCUCUCUCUCUCCCCGAAUGCCACAAUAUUUCGACAGACAAAGAGCCACCCACCCAUUUUUGAGCCAAACUUUCACUUUCGAUUUUCUCCGCAACAUUUUCUCGACAAUUUUGCAACAUUUUCAGUCUAUUUUUUUUUUAGUAUGACGUCACAGUUUGAUACAGUAACCCUAGGCCCCGGGGCAUUACUGUAGCUCUGCAAUUUGUCGUAAAGGCCGGUGUUCGGUGUUCACAAUGACGUGAUUGUUUAUUAGUUUUUAGGCGCCUGAUUGCCACGACGUCAUGCUUGUAAAAGUGACCGUGACUCGAUUUGUAUUCAGCCCCAGGGCUCUUCAGAGCUCUCACAAACUUGUGAGCUCUUUUUUCGCGGAAAUUCUCUCUUUUUCGCCUUUUUUGGGACACUCAAAAAGUCACCAUUUUUUGCGUGUUUCAGAAAAAAAAUUCCCUUUUCCGGAAGAAAUGUAUUCUUUGCCACGGUCUCCAGAGCUGACAAUAUGGGGCGCUUUCGCUUUCAUAAAUUGAGCAGGUUUUCUCUGAUUUUUGUGGUCAACGGCGAUGAAAAAUGAUUGUUCGACAUGAAAACACGCUAAUUCUCACAGAAUUAAUGAAGUUUUGGCGCAUUUUUCGCAGACUGCGUUUUCGUUUUCGCCGCCGAUCGCCGCCUAAAAACCGCACUUGAUUCAUUUUGCGCUUUCUUGACCGUUUUCAGACAGAAUUGGUUUUGAGAAUGAUAAAUCACGUAAAUACAAGCAUUUUAAGCGCUCGAACCGCGAAAAUUACCGAAAAGCAACUGAAAUAAACGCAGUUUCACGCAGUUUCCAAAAGCCUUCAAACGGAUAAAUGUGAUUUGCGACUUGACCAGACUUGACGCUCUUUCGCUUUAAAAAUUCGUAAUAGCCUAUACAAUCGGUGUAUCGAGAGACAAAUGAGAAAUUAUCGGUUUUUCGUGGCUAGUCUGGCAAAAAACACAAAUUUUGCUGUUAAAAUUUGAAUUUCGCGCCAGUGUAUCGCUCUAUUGGGCGGGGCGCACUUGCGCGCCCAUUGUCAGCUCUGGAGACCGUGAAUUUGUCAAAUAUUGUUAAGCAAAAGUCAUUCCGCUCGAAGAAAUUUGAAAUAAAGUGAGUGAUUUCCAGAACAGAGCGAUCGCCGCGCCGUCGUCCAUCUUCAUCGGUCAGCUGCAGCACCCGCCGCUCCGACGAAGGCCCGUCUCCGCGAUGGCCUCGUUGCCCUGGUCAGUCAGUCGCAAAGUUACCCCUACUUUUCUCGAAAGCUUGUCCACUACAAUCGUGUCAAAAGAUUUCAAAAUUUGAGACCGAUCGGACUGAGAUUCACUGAUUUAUAAGCAAUGAGCUCGGGCUUUUAGGAUUGGAUUCAAGUCCAAAAAGUCUUGUUUGAUAGUUGAAGCUCUAGACCGAACAGUUUUCAAAUAAUGAGACCAUCAAUCCCAAUUUUUCAGGGUAGCGUACCAGGCGCCGCGAGAAGAGGGCACGGACGACGAGGACGUGGCGGUCGAGUCGACGCUGUUCCUCUCCACGUCGCCGGGCGGAUUCCCCUCUCCGAUGCCCGGCGGAUCCGUCAGCAGUCUCGCCCUCUCGCCGCCCGGACUCUCUCCGCUCAACUUCAACGACGGAUCGCCGUUCUCGCUCUCCUCCACACCCUCCUCCACUUCUUCGCUAGUCAGGUAUCUAUCGAGAGUUUCUAUAGAAUAUAAACUGACAAACAAUAUUCUAGAAAUCAAAACCGCUUCACUUUCGAUCACAUUCCGUUCAUCGGAUCUUCUACCAACUCGACACCGGCCACUGCAUCCACGGGACCGCCCGGAUUGUCGCCAGGAGGUACUGUACUCAUCUUUGCUCGUAAAAUUCAGUUGUUAGUACGCAAACACUUUCAGGUCCUCCUUCCGGCUCGAUUGAGCACGAAAAGUCGGCGUUCGAAAUAGUGUCGACGCAUCAGAGUCCGGAGGAGAUUCUGCAGAGAGUUCGGCUCGGCACCUCCGGAUCCUCAUCCACGAAUACCACGAGAACGAGCGAAACGAGUCAGGAUGCGGCGGCGUCGGUGUCGACGUCGAAUGCCGAAGUACCCGGACAGUAAGUCUCAUUCUUCAUUCUUCCAGUUGAUCCCGUUUUUCUACGACUACUCCGUAACGCUUAAAAGUUGCGAGUUGAAGAAACAUACGAUACCUUCAAAGCGCUGCAGUAAUCCAGGGAGUGAUGGGAUCGAAAUGUUGUCAACUAGAGAAAUAAAGUUCAAGGUGUGAACUUUAUUUUUCUAGUUGGCAACUUUUCGAUCCGACCACUGUCAGGAGUACCGUAGCGCUUUGAAGUUUCCAUACGCUUUUAGCUUUUACAAGGCGCCAACUUCCAAGCGUUCAAAAAGUGAUCAACUGGAAAAAUUAGCGUACUAGAAGUGUCGAAUUCGACGAACACUUCUAGAAAUCCAUGAAACGUCUCCUAAGCCUACAAUACUCGUUCAAAGCCGCCGCUUUCUCUGCAGGUACUACUGUUUCAUCUGCGAAAAAGACUUCCGUCGGCCCGACAUUUUGUCCCGUCACACACGUCGUCACACGGGCGAAAAACCGUUCAAAUGCGAGGACUGCGGCCGUUUCUUUUCCCGCUCCGAUCAUCUUCGGACCCAUCGGCGCACGCACACCGACGAGAAACCCUACCAUUGUUGCGUUUGUAACUAUUCCGCGGUUAGUUCGGCACCACCAGUACUGCCACGUUUCCGACCAAAAUAGUCGCUCUUUCAUCAAGCCUCAAACGUUGCGUUUUCAGCGAAGAAGAGACGUGCUGACGCGUCACAUGUCGACGCGACAUCAAGCGGCAGCUCCGCCCUCUUCCAUGGGCACUCAUCGGAAUGUUAGACGGUAAGUUGCUACACUACUUCUCCGCCGUAAUCAAGUUUUAUCGGAAAAAAUAGAAAAAUGCAAAAAAUAUUCAGUCAUUACCACCUCAAUUUUUGCAGUUGUCUCUCCGACGGCGACUACCACAAAAUGGCCGCUCAGGAGUUGCGUCAACGGCAUCAGGCGACACGCGAAGACGUGGAAAUUCCGCCGAUGGAGGACAUUGAGGACGAUGUUAUAGUCGAUGAUAUUUGA